CGUGGAACCCCUCGAAGAGCUUGAGCGUCCACACACAUCUACAACAUAUACGCUCACGAGGAGCAUUACGAUCUUACAGCUAGAGCACACGACAUCGAACCCGCACCCGACGAAGCCGCCAGACACGGAUCAAGAUGCCGCCCUCCUCGUCACCAGGCUCGUCUCGAUUGGGCUUCGACUAUCCUCUGGACAUUCCCCCGAGGUUAUUGCUCCUUCAGGAGCUGCAACAGAUCACAUCUUCGAUGAGACGCUCACCAAGAUGGGCAUCCCCUAGCUCGGCUUCAUCUGCUGCGUAUUAUUCGGCAGCACAUCGCCGACAAUCUUCAGCUUCAGGGCCAACCGAGAUGGUCGAGCGAUCAUUGGGUUCUGCAUCUCAGAGCGAUUGGUCGUCGGGUAGUAUAAACACUGGUCGGAAAGGCGAAGCAAUCUCUUCUACCUCGGCCGGCACUGAAAGCGGUCCGAGCAUCUACGGUAAACGAAUAGCCCAAGGAGAAGGGGAAGAGAUGGAACUGCUGGCCGCCUUUGUCGGACUGCGCCGGAGACUGGUCGCCGCCAAGGACAUCACCGAUGUCUCGCCGUGGGACAUCCUCGCACCUUUCCUGGCGUUGAUCAGGUCUCCCCUUACGUCUGGACCGAUCACAUCGCUCGCCUUGACUGCUCUCAACUCGAUCUGCUUCAAUAUAUUGCCGCUCUAUCUACCGGCAUCCCGGGAAGACCUCUCGUCAGAUCUGUUUACUGCGCCGCCGCGUCCACAGACCGGUCUUCAGCUUGGGUUGGCUGCCACCACAUCCGCGCUGGCUCGGUGCAGGUUUCCGUCAAGCUCUCCAGCUCAGGACGAGCUCGUUUUGAGUCGCUUACUUCGCGUCACGGAGACGAUCAUAUCUGGUCCCCUAGAAAGAGAGUUGACCGACGAGGGAGUCUGCGAGAUGCUAGAAGUCGGCCUAGGUAUGGGCGGAAGGGCUCGGCUGGGAGAGGGCCUUCGAAAGACAGCACAAAACACGAUACAAUCGAUUGUGCAAGCGGGUUUCACGAGGCUCAAACACAUGGAUGCAUCGGUACUCGAUGCUCGCGAGCACAAUAGUGACACCCUGGUCAUUGGCGGAAGCACCGAGAUGGUCGUUCCCCCUGAUGAGAAGGAGAGUUUUGGGGACGAUGAGGCUCGUAACGACAGUUCGGAACUCCCGACUCAAGUCACUGAAGCACAACAAGGGGUCAGCGUUAUCUCGCCUGUCAUAGUGGAGCAAAAGGCCUCUCAGAAAUUGGUGCAGGGCGCCUCGGCCGAUUCUGCGCCGCUCGAGACAGCCCAAAUAGCUACUUUUGUACCCUACGGUCUACCGACUCUCUUGGAGCUGCUCAGGGUUGUCACGUCACUACUUGAUCCCCUUGACCUGACCCAUACGGAUUCGAUGCGACUCUCUGCCCUCGGCGUGCUCAAUUCGAUACUGGACGUAGGAGGGAAACACAUCGGACAAUGGGAUGAAUUGGUUGAAGGCAUCAAGAACGAGGGAUGUCGCUACCUCUUCCAGCUCAUUCGGUCCGACAAUCCGCAAAUAUUGGCUUCCGCUUUGCGAACGCUUUCAACCUUGUUUACAACCCUACUACCCCACCUCAAGCUACAAUUCGAGCUGUUUCUCACCUUCCUAAUCGACCGCCUAACACCAUCCACGCCUGUUGCUGUACCGUCGCAUCUCAUGCACGUCCGAUCUUCACGUCGAGGAUCUUCAAGACCUAGUUCGACGCAAGAUUCCGAGCGAGACAGGCCAUCGACGCCCAAAUCGAAUAUACAUCUGCCUUCUGUGGCAUCCGAUACCAGAGAACUCAUGCUGGAAACGCUCAGUCAGCUUAUGCUCAAUCGAAAUUUCAUGGUCGACCUCUGGGUCAACUUCGAUUGCGAUCCGGAGAGCGAAGAUGUUUUCGAGAGGAUGAUAGACUUCCUUACCAAGGGUGUGUAUCCUUCGGGGCUCGGGACAAUGCCCAACCAUGUACCCGAUCAUCUGGACAACAGCCAGCUUCUCUGCUUCGAGGGGCUCAUCUCGUUCGUAGAGGCGAUGGCGACUCGCAUGUCUACGGAUGACGAAGCUUGGCCGGCGGGUCUGCCCUCGAGAGACGCCCUGCGUAUUCAGAAAGAUAAAAAAGCCAAACUAAUAGCGGGAGCUACAGCUUUCAACCAGAAACCCAAACGGGGAGUUGCCUAUCUCAAAGACAACAACCUAAUCGACGACUACCACACACCGACGGAUGCGGAUGCGACCCGUGCUCUAGCGCGCUUCCUGAAGACGUCGACACGAUUGGACAAGAAGCUGCUGGGAGAAUACAUAUCCGCUCCAGAUAACUUGGAAUUGCUCAAGGCUUUCAUUGGCUUGUUUGACUUCGGCGGAAAGUCUAUUGCCGACGCUCUUCGUGAUCUGCUCGAAGCAUUCCGUCUGCCCGGGGAGGCACAGCCGAUUGCCCGUAUCACAGAAGCGUUUGCGGACCACUUCUUCUCCUUCGGCCCAGAGGAUAUCGCCGAUCAAGAAGCCACAUACAUCCUAGCGUAUUCGGUCAUCAUGCUCAACACGGACCAGCACAAUCCCCAAAAUCGCAAAAGGAUGACUAUAGAGGACUACCAAAAGAACCUUCGAGGCGUCAACCACGGAAACGAUUUUGCGCCCGAGUAUCUGGCUUCCAUCCAUGAUUCUAUUCGCCGACGUGAGAUUAUCAUGCCACAAGAACACGUCGGCCAAGCUGGUUUCGAUUAUGCGUGGAAAGGUCUCAUGCAAAGGAGCAGGAGCGCCGGUCUUGCUGUGUCAGUGAAUACGUCUUCGUUCGACCAAGCUAUGUUUGAAGUGGCUUGGCGCGCGACCGUGACCUCCAUGGCAUCUGCUUUUACUACCAGUACACAGGAUGAAUACGUGAUCCAGAAGGCGAUCAUCGGUUUCAAGCAUUGCGCGACAUUAGCUCGCCGAUUCCGCCUACCGGAAGUAAUUGACACGAUAGUCCUGUCGUUGGCAUAUGCUACCGAUCUCCUGGAUCAGACAGAUGAUGGCUAUCAGCCGGCCAACCAUCCUAUCGUCAAGACGGAGACGGGCUCUGUCACGGUGUCACCCUUAUCGGUCCGAUUUGGCACGAGCUUCCGGAGCCAGCUGGCGACGGUGGUCCUUUUUACCAUCGCCAAUGGGAAUGGCAAUGCCAUCCGUGAUGGUUGGAUACAGAUCUUCGAAAUGUAUCAAACUCUAUUCUUGCAUUCUUUACUCCCGGUGCAAUUAACACAAGAGGUCGAUUUUCUGUCGGGCGAAUCCACCAUCCCGCACAAAUCUCUCAACGCGCCAUCGGGCCGGGAAGAACGCAAAACCGAAGCUGGCCUCUUGUCCACACUGUCAUCAUAUUUGCUCAGUCCGUACACUACCAGUAGCGACGUCCUGACUGUGCCCAACGAAGAAGAUAUCGAGAAUACCCUUUCGGCUAUCGACUGCGUGUCGUCUUGCAGAUUGGAUGAACUUUAUGCUCAAGUCCACGAACUCGAACUAGAGGCCACUCUAGCUUGCCUACAUGCGCUGCGGGCACUUGGAGAGGCAAGAUGCAUGUCAAAGGCUAAGGACUAUCUCGGAGCUCGGAAUGGCAAGGAAGACCUCUCCGGACGACCACUCACACCGGCCUACGAUGAAGCUCAACAGCCUUAUGAUCCGGCCGCCCUCUUCGACUUGGAAAUCAUGGUCAGCAUAGCUGUAAAGUCUCCACAACACGCUGCCGAGACCUGGCCGAUCGUCUUCGAAUUCAUCUCUUCGUUGCUGUCAUCCGCCCAGUCCUACAGUAUUCUGCUGAUAGAACGGGCGGUCACGGCCUUGCUCAAAUUGUGCUUGCUGAUCUGUGACGAGCCCAAAUUGCGAGACCAGCUUUCGAUCGCUUUGGACGUUUUGCGUAGUCUUCCAUCGUCGGUACUCAACGCAGUCUCCGAACAAUUGAUGACGGGUAUCGCGCGCAUUCUGGAAAAGGACAGCGCGAUAGUCAAAUCGCAAACCGAAUGGAGUCUUGUCACCGCAUUAUUCAGGGCUACGGUUGCUCAUCCCGAAGCCUCCAAAGUCACGCUUGAGCUGGUGCAAAAAAUGGCAACAGGUUUCGUCGGAUCGGGACCGUCUGCGGAUAACUACCCGGGAAUCGUAGCAAUUUUGGAUGAAUUUGCUACAUCGGCAGGUGCAGCUGCCAGCCGAUUGCAGGUCUCACGUCGAGGCACCUCGGUCGCGCCUGCAGCUACUCUCGGACCUACCGUCGAGCGGGGUUUAGCCGCCCUCGAUACCUUGUACGAGCUCAGAAACCGUGUGCCGCACUUGGUGACAUCGUCUAACGCUCCUCAGAGUCAGGCCUGGAUGGCAUUCUGGCUACCCCUCCUCCUCACUAUCGCAAAGCAUAGCGUCAACGGUAGUAGGGACAUUCGGCAAAGAGCGAUAGGUUACCUCCAGCGGGUACUUCUCAGCUCUCAGGUGCUACCGGACGUUGAGCAAGAUGUGGCACUGGUAUCAAUCUUCUCCAGGGUAUUAUUCCCAGUGGUGGACGAGCUUCUAAAGCCGCAAGUCUACAACCAGGACCCGCCUAGCAUGGAAGAAACACGGCUCAGAGCCUCGGCUCUAACCUGCAAGGCUUUCCUUCAAUACUUGAUACCCCUGUCGGAAAAACCGGAAAGACUUCUCGAGGUGUUCUUGAGGAUUGUGGAUGUCAUGGAACGCUUCAUGCGCACGGGAUCCAGGCAAUUGUACGAGGCGGUUCCCGAAUCGCUCAAGAACGUAGUCUUGGUCAUGCAUUCCGCUGGGAUGCUAAUCCCAUCGGCAAGUCCAGACACGAGGACCGAGGCUCAGAAGCAACUUUGGAGCAAGACGAACGAGAGGAUGAGCAAGUUUUUGGGUCCUGACUUUAUGGCGAAUGUGGUACCCCAGGGUACAAGCGUUGAUGCUCCCGCGACAGCGAUGAAUCCAGAAGCGACUAUGGACAUACAAGAAAGACCAUCGCCAUCGGAACCGAUGGGGGCGGAAAAUUAAUAAGACGGGAUAGUAUGCACAGGCCACAGGUAGACUUCGCUUGAUGAUCAUGAACGGUGUUGUAAAUCAACGAUGACGUGUCACGUAUAAUCGAUUUCGGUCUUCGCCGCACUCGC